CUGCUGGGAAGAGCUCAGAGCGAUUCCGGCCGCGGCUGACACCGGCACGACCUUGCCGGGGCAGCGCGGGGACGCGGACAAGACUAGCCACAAGAGCUGUCCUGCCCUGGCCAUUGACGCUAUGGAAGACCGCAUCAGCUGGUCUAGUCUAUAGGAUGGUAGCUCAGAGUAAGGUGGCAGCAGAUAAUGCAGUUGCAGCAGACCCGAGACGUCUACUUGACUCUCCAGCACGGGAUCAUCCACAGCCUAGAGUCUACCGCGGCUCUACCCGUCCCAGCACUGUGCAGGCGCAGAGUGAGACACACUUUCGAACCUUUCGCUCGCAGGCGGAUUUCAGUAGCAUCACCCGAGCGAGCGCCUUGUUGGAUGCCUGUGGCUUUUAUUGGGGACCUCUGACUGUCAAUGCUGCCCAUGAGAAACUUAAGUCUGAACCUGAGGGCACCUUCCUCAUCAGGGACAGUACACAGAAGAACUGUUUCUUUGCCAUCAGUGUUAAGACUGCUACUGGGCCCACCAGCAUCAGAAUAAACUUCCAGGGUGGAUGUUUCAGUCUGGAUGGCAGUAAGGAGAGUUUUGACUGUCUUUUCAAGCUGUUGGAACAUCAUAUAAACUCCCCUCGGAAACUGCUGGUCACCCCACUGCGCAAGGUCCGUGUGCGGCCCUUGCAGGAGCUUUGCCGGAAAAGCAUUGUGGCAACGUUUGGAAGAGAGCAUUUAAAUCAGAUUCCUCUCAAUCCAGUUUUAAAGGACUACCUGAAAUCCUUCCCAUUUCAGAUCUAAGUACAGCAUUACCUGUAUGCAUGCUUUCCAGAGUGAAAGAUGCUUGAGGAAAUCCAGGUUUCUGGGUUUUUAAAUCUGGUCAACAAAAAGAGAACUUAUUUUUGUAGCAACGUACUGUAUCUGGAAAUGGAACUUGAACACUUAACUUACUAUGUUUACACAAACUGUUUGCACAAACCUGGGGUUUCUAAACCCUGGCAUAAUCCUUCUGCUGGGCAGAAUAUAAUAUUAUUUUAUAAUAUUUUUAAUGAAAGUAAUGUAAUAAACUUUAUUGUGAAAGUUUUUGAAAAUAACAUCUCUGGUUCUUCUUAAUAUCUGCUCUUUAUAGCUACAAACACAACACUUUGCAAUAGCUAAGUGCGGAUAAUGGACCAGAUCUCUAGCUGGUGUAAAUAGCUUAGCUUUAUUGAAAUUGAUGAACUUCACUAGCUUCUCCUAACUAAUAGGUCAGAUCUUUAUUUUUGGUGCCAUCUACCUCAGAGGAUCAUGAUUCCCAAGCAAUAUUCAGUGUAGAGACACCCAUAUAAAGCAGAAAACAGAGGACAGUUUUUUGUUGGAGUAUUCUUCAGCUCCUACUUCUAAGAAUGGUAAUAAGAAUAGAGUGUUUAGUGGAACAUUUGGUUUUCAAUUUCAAUUUUUUAACAUUUGAUUUAUUUACUAUAUAUUUUAAAAUUAGAGCUUUAGAAAAAUUCUAGGUUUUACAGAGGGAUUUGAAUAUUGCAUAACCCCAAUUCCCGUUUAAUGGUUGGAGGGCUAGGAGUGGACGGUCUAUACUUUUGUUCAAAUUUGCCUAAGGCAAUGUUGAAGGGAUAGGGG